AACCAGAGCGAAGGACAGAGGAGGAGGAGGAGGAGAGAAAUGUGAGACGGACACACGAAGGAAGAGUGAAGACGGAGAUUCUUGAAGAAAAAGUCUCAGAACCAAGACUCAACAAACAGUUCCAGGAGCUUCUGCCGCCCCGACUUCAUCUUCUGUGGAAGUUCCCGGUGUGAAGCACGUUUUACGUGAGGUGAAAGUUCAAAGGUCGGAUGUGGCAACGGAGUGUGAGAAUGUCACCGAAGCCUCUUCUGCUCUUCCUGGGAAUCACUGCGGUUACUGUUGUUACAGCUCAGGGAUCGCGGAGAAGAGGCGGCAAAGGAUCGAACCCUGCUGUCUACCACUCUGAGGACAACUACGAGUGGACCACGUGGUUCAACGUUGAUCACCCCGGAGGCCGUGGAGACUAUGAGCAGCUCGAGGCCAUUCGCUUCUACUACCGCGCCCGGGUUUGUGCGUCUCCACGGGCAAUCGAGGCCAGAACCACUGAGUGGGUUCCAGCCCGUGAAACUGGGGAGAAGGUCCACGCCGACCCGACCGUGGGCUUCUGGUGCCUGAACGAGGAGCAAGGCCCCGGACGCAACUGCUCCAACUACGCAGUCCGGUUCCUCUGCCCCAGAGACCCAGACAAUACUGUGAACAUUCAGGAAAGCUGGGGUCCGUGGUCAGGCUGGAGCACAUGUCCCGCCCUUUGUGGUCAGGUGGGAGUUCAAAUUCGCCAUCGAAAAUGUCACGCUGCACCUUGCAGCGGGUCUAAAGUAGAAGGGAAAGCAUGCGAUGGACCCGAGUGCCCAAAGAUUGUUUGUUCGCUGGAGUGUGUGGUGGGUAAAGUUAACGCUGACUGUGACGCAUGCACGUGUGAAGAACACCUCCUCUUGGGAUCCGUACGCAGCGCCGGGGGUCUCAUUGCCGAAGGGGCUGCUAUCCUCCGCUCCGGGAAACUCCUCACAAUCACAGACCACAACGGGCAUUUCCGCCUCCCCGGCGUCUGCGCCGACGGCAACACAACGUUGACGUUCAGCCUGCAGGGUCACGCCACCCAGGAUGUUGUGGUGCCGACCAGCUCUCAGCGCACCUCGGUCCUCACAGUUCAGCUGAAAAGAACCGAGAAGCUUCACAUGUUGAGCCACCCUGAGAGCAAGACCAGGAGGGAAGGACAAACUGCUGCCUUCUGCUGCAAAGUGGCUGGAAUACCACAGCCAAACAAGUACCAGUGGUUUCAUAACAACAGCCUCUUGGAGAAUUGGUCAGACAACACAUUGGUCCUCAAAGGUCUGCGUCGCGAGCAGGCUGGAGAGUACUACUGCAGAGCAAGUGGUCCGUCUGGGACCAUUAAGAGCAAACCAGCAACUCUAAGAGUCUUAGGCAAAGAUGAGAAUUCUUGCAAUCCCCAGCCUGAAUCCCACCUCAUCCGUCUUCCACACGACUGCUACCAAAACAGUACAGACUCCUUCUACUAUGAUGUUGGCAAGUGUCCCUCAAGGACAUGUGUUGGACAGCUGGAUAACGGGAUCAGGUGCAAAGACAAGGUGGCUUACUGCUGUGGCGUGGCAAAGAUGGAGGAGAGGCAGCUGACGUGCCGGGGCUACCAACUACCCACCAUGGUGGUGACCGAAUGUGGCUGCCAGAAAUGCGUGGACACCAAAGCCAUUGUGCACGGUAGGGCCAUUGCUGCAGACAAUGGGGAGCCAAUGAGAUUUGGCCAUAUCUUCAUGAACGGAGUCCGGAUCAGCCGCACGGGCUACAAAGGUACCUUCUCCAUCCAGGUCCCUCCCGACACAGAGAGGCUUGUGCUAACUUUUGUGGACAACAUGCAGAAGCUUGUCAACACCACAAAGGUGCUUCCGUUUAACACCAAAGGUGGGGCUGUUUAUCAUGAGAUCAAACUUCUGAGAAAGAAGGCUCCUAUAACGAUCAGCUCUGCAGAAACCAACACCCUGGAGCUCGGGGAGGUGGAGGGUCAGGAGGCAAUGGUUCAAAUUCAGAUUCCACCCUAUUCCUUCUUUAAGGAGAAUGGAGAAGUCUUCACGGGUAACGUCAACGCCAGCGUAACAUUUCUUGACCCCAGAGACGUCUCCACGGCUGCUGCAGCUCAGAGUGAUCUCAACUUUGUUGGAGACGAUGGGGACACCUUGCCGCUGAGAACCUACGGUAUGUUUUCAGUUGACUUCAGGGGCGAGGAAAACAACGAACCCCUGAAUGCAGGUGAGGUGCAGGUGUUCCUGGAUUCUGCUCAGGUUAGGAUGUCCGAGCACCUCAGCACCAUGAAGCUGUGGUCGCUGAACCCUGAAACCGGCCUGUGGGAGGAGGAGGGAAGUCUGCACGUGGAGAAGAAAAAGAGAGGCAAAAGGGAGGAGAGGACCUUUCUGAUUGGUAACAUGGAGAUCAGAGAGAGGCGCCUGUUCAACCUGGACGUCCCGGAGAACCGCAGGUGUUACGUGAAAGUGAGGGCUUUUCGCAGCGAGCGCUUCAUGCCCAGCGAGCAGGUGGAGGGAGUUGUGGUGAGUCUCAUAAACAUGGAGCCCACCGCCGGCUACUCGUCCAACCCUCGGGCCUGGGGCCGGUUUGACAGCGUCGUCACCGGCCCCAAUGGCGCCUGCCUUCCUGCCUUCUGCGACGAACGAAAAGCCGACGCCUACUCGGCCUACGUCAUGGCCAACCUCGGAGGGGAGGAACUGGAGGCCGUCCCUUCGGCUCCUAAAUUCAACCCCAACAUCAUCGGGGUGCCAAAGCCUUACCUGGACAAGCUGAACUACAGGCGGACCGACCACGAGGACCCCAGACUGAAGAAGACGGCGUUCAGCAUGAACGUGGCAAAACCGAGUCCCAACGCGGCCGAGGAAAGCAACGGGCCGGUGUACUCAUUCGAAAACCUGAAGGAGUGCGAGGAGGCCCCGUUUAGCGCGGCGCAUUUCCGCUUCUCGAGGGUGGAAGGAGACCGCUACGACUACAACACCGUCCCGUUUAACGAAGACGACCCGAUGAGCUGGACCGAGGAUUACCUGAGCUGGUGGCCCAAGCCGUUGGAAUAUCGGGCGUGUUACAUUAAAGUCAAGAUCAACAGCCCGCACGAGAUCAACGUGCGGUCCCGCAACAUGGGCGGCACCCACCCGAGGACGGUGGGGCAGCUGUACGGACUCCGAGACACUCGCAGCAUCCGGGACAUGGACCAGCCGACCCUCUCCGCCGUGUGCCUCGAGUUCAAGUGCAGCGGGAUGCUGUACGAUCAGGAACGCGUCGACCGGACCCUGGUGAAGGUGAUCCCACAGGGAAGCUGCAAGAGAGACAGCGUCAACUCGAUGCUUCAGGAGUAUCUGGUCAACCAUCUGCCUCUGGCCGUCAACAAUGACACCAACGAGUUCACCAUGCUGGCACCGCUCGACCCUCUGGGCCACAACUACGGGAUUUACACGGUGACCGACCAGGACCCCCGCACGGCCAAAGAGAUCGCGCUCGGGCGCUGCUUCGACGGCACCUCCGACGGCACCUCCAGGGUUAUGAAGAGCAACGAGGGGGUGGCGCUGGCGUUUACUUGCGGAGACCGCGAGGUGACGCGGCAGAGUGUCUUCCAAACGCUGCAGAGCUCUCCGGGUCAGACGGCGACGAGCGCCGGGAGAGGGGAAGGCAGGCAGAACCGACGCCGGCAGAGGGCAAACCAGCCGCGAAGCAGUCGAAAGAGAAGCGCCAGAAAUCCAGCAGCGGGACGCGUGCAGGUCAAAAACUAAAACACUGAAGACCAAGCGUCUACGUGGAGACCAAACGGGACUGGAUGGCUUUAGCUUUACGUUUUGAUUCAUUUUUUGCAAAUUAAUACGUUACUAAAGAAGUUCAGGCAUAUUUUGUCCUCUCAUUUUACAUUUUCAACUUUUACUGUGUCAAAUAUUUACUUGAAAAUGUAAAUAGUGUAUUUAUUGCACAGGCCUCAAAAAAAUAAAUAAAAUAAAAACAAUCUUUUAUUAAACUGGUGUCAAAAACAAAGAACAGAAACAAGUGUCCUUUUGACCAGUGAUUUAUUAAAUUAGAUGUUUAUAAAACACUGCAGAUGCUGUAUCUUUCCACAUUGUAAUGCAUACCAAUUGCCCAUGUAACAAUGAAACUGGUCAAUUGCUAGAAAAGGAGAAAGAUCGCCCCCUUUAAACUGUAGCCCAUAUGAAGACAAUGGUGGGGUGAAGCCCAUAAUCCCCCCCGCUCCUCAUCACACUUGAUACAAGCCUGCAGAAGCAAUGAUUAGGAGACCAGUUGUAGCAAGUUAAUCCACUUGCCUGAUCCAAUUCCUUAUUUUUUUUUUUUUUUU